UAGUCUGGCAACGCCACGAAAGUCGAGUUGGCAUUUGGGAGAUUUUGCUGUGUUCGGACCGAAAAAAUUCCCUAGUUAAUUGUUCAAAAACCAGGACGACUGCUUUGGCAAUCAGCAAACAAGUAAAUGUAUUGUUUCGUCAACUGCCAGAGAACAGUACCAAGUGCGUGUAAAUAAACAAGCGAUUCGUAUCCAAAAUGUUGCACAACAAUGCGCCCUGGCUGCCACCGCAUCAGCAGCAGCAGGCCCCGCAGCAACAUCCUAAUCCCCAGCAGCAACAGCAGUCACCUCAUCCUGCCCAGCAGCAGCAGCAGCUCUACGCCAGCCAAAUGUUCCAGCAACAGCAGCCAAAUUACUGGCCAGAGGAUCAGCAGCACCAGCACCAGCAGCAGCAGCAAUCGCUGAACUACAAUAACUACUUUGCGGGACAGCAGCAGCCACAUCCUCUGCCACCGCAGCAGCAGCAGCUGCCACCGCAGCAACAGCAGCAGCCACAGCAGCAGCCACAGCCUACGCAGCAGCCUCACACUAUCCAGCAGCAACUGUAUUACCCCACUCACCAGCAGCCACAAGUGCCGGCUCCAGCGGAACCCGCUCUGGACUCGUUUGACAACAAUAAUAGCGGCGGCGGGGGAGGAGGCGGUGGCGGCCGCAGCGAUGGCUGGGGUGAUUGGGGCGAUUGGAACGACAAUAGCAACAAUAACAAUAGCAUUAGCAACAGCAACGAGGCCUUGCUGGAGCCAUCGGGACAACUGCUGGAGGAUUCCUUCAAUGUGCAGUCCUCGCCGGGCAGCUGGCAGGCCUUUGCAACCGGCAACAAUGCCAACAACAAUGUGGAGCUGCCGCCUCCAGCGGAUCAGCAGCAGCAGCAGCAACAGCAACAGCCAUUGCACCAGCAAUCAACGCCUUUGUUGCAACACCAGCAGCCGCAAUCGCCGCCAGAGCUGGGCCAGGAACCCGAAUUGGAUGCCAUUGUGCCUCCCCAGGCUUUCCAGAACCAGCCAGCGGCUGUGGCACCACCACCAACAUCACUGGCUUCGUUUGCCCCACCACCAUCUGGUGUGGGUUCAUCUCUAUAUGCACCUCCAGCACCUCUUGCCGGCGUGGGAGCUCCUCCAGCACCACUUGCCGGCUUGGGAGCGCCAUCAGCACCGCUUGCCGGCGUGGGAGCACCACCAGCCUCGUUGGUUCCACUGGGAGCACCACCAACGGACGCUGCUGGCAUAGCACCACCGGCUGCCCUGCCGCCCACUGCUGGCAAUCCCUUCAAACGCUCCACGGGCCUCAACAAGCGAGUUAACAUAAUGGCCAAUGCGGCGGGAGGGGCUCCUUCGCCACCAGCACCUGCUGCAGUUGCGCCCGCGGCACCAGUAGCCCCAGUAGCCGCAAUAGCGCCAAUAGCACCACCCGCUGAGCAGCUGUACGGUUUGCCAGCCGAAGCUCAAGGAGAUGGUUUCAAUUUAUCGGCGGCACCACCUGUUGAGGCUUCAAUUGGAGCACCACUAGGUGUGCCCGCUCCCAUUCCUGCGCCAACCGCAUCGUACUAUGCACCACCACCACUGCUACAGCCUGUCCAGCCCGUGGAGCCCGACAACCAGGAGGUGUUGUCCGCUCCGAACGACGAGCGUGCCCAGUACUUGCAGACGAGUCACCUGUCCGAGCAGCUGGGCGAGGGAGAAGCGGAUCAGGAUGCUGGUUUGCUACCACCUCCAGGCCUGUCCCGUCUGGUCUUGGGUCAACCCGAGUUGGACUCGCAGCAGCAACGCCUGGUCACUGGAGCCACGGAGCAGCCGCCGCUCAAUGUCGCCCAGGUGGCCGCCCUGCACAUGCAGGAGCGUCAGGCCGAUGGCGAGGACACCUCCGAUGGGGAACAGCAAGUGCGCAACAUACAGACGCCUCCACGUCGCGUGGUCACGGGCGUCGAGACCAAUGCUCCAUCCCUGAGAGAACAGCGGGAAGUGGUGCUGGAUGGCGAGAAUCUGGAGGAUCGCGAGGCCAUCCCACCACCAGCUCUGGCCGAACCUACCCCGACAUCAGUACAUCACAACAUUCUGCCCGACGAGCCGGAACAGCUGCAUCACAACAAUCCGCCGCAGGCAGUGGCGCCACUCAAUGCCCAGCAACCGCAUCAGCAGCAACCACUGUUGCAGCAGCAGCAGCAGCAGCAGCAACACCAGCCCCAUCCCAGCCAGCAGGAGAAGAAGCGUGCGGCGGUGGGACGCCGGACCAAUACCUCGCUGGAUUUGGAGACCGAGGACGAGUCGGAUGAGUUCCUGCAGAGCGAGAGGGAGCGGGAUCGCGAGCGUGAGCGCAGGGAGCUGAUGGACGAGCGGCAGGGUCGUGGACGCAGCCAUGGUCACUACAUCUACGACGGCGAAACGGAGGACUCGGUCCGCGGUACUGGCCACCACGAGACCAAAUCCCUGAGGGAAACGCAGCACAGGCGCAAUCACGACUCCACGCGCUCCCGCCGCCACCAGGAACCGAAGGUGGAGCGCGAGCGGGAACGGGAUAGGGAGCGUGAGCGCACCUGGCGCCGGCGGUCCAACAAGUACCACAGUGGCGGCGAGGAUCAGGAGCGUUCCUACGAGCACUCGCGUCGCUUCAACAACAGCACCUACGACGGCGAGUCGGACAAUCCGGAGAUCAAUCAUCUGGGCGAGGGCGAGCUCGAUGGCAGCACCGGAGGAGCCGGCGGCAGUGGUGGCCGGAGCAGCAAAGCCGGUCGCCAGCGACGCAGCGCCGCCGAGGAGGAGUUUGACGACUACGAACGGGAACGCGAACGCGAUCGCCAGUACUCCAGACGCUCCGCCAAAGGGCAAUCGUCGGCCGACAAAUCGCGCUCCUCCGGCUCACGGAGGGGCUACGAGAAUCAGGGACGUGGUGGCCGCCAGGAGGAGGGUCGGCGACGUCACCAGGAUCUGCGGAACUGGGACGGUGGCUACGAGGAGUACCGCCGCAAGAGUUCGCGCAACAGCGAUCUGGAGAAGGAGCGCAUCAACGGCGGCAAUACCAGCGCUGGCGGCGGAGCCGGUGGCUCCGGCUCGGGCAAGCGCCGCAACUACGACCAGUACGGCGUGCCAGCCGGUGCCUAUGAUCCGUACGGCAUGUACGAGCAAAUGUCGCGCAAUCCACACGCCUACGCCGACAUGUACGCCAAGUUCUACGGCCAGAUGAUCAACUCGAUGACGGCCGCUGUGUCGGCGGCUGCCUCGAAGUCGGGAGUUCCUGGUGCCGCGGCGAUACCUGGAUUGGUGCCCGGCGCAGUUCCGGUGAGUGCCGCCCAGCUGGUGGCCGCCACCAGCGGAGCCAGUGUCAGCGGGAGCAGCGAGGCCGCCAUGCUCAGGGAGCGAGAGAGGUAUACACACGCAUACAUAACCCAAGCCAAUGAAUUCCAUCGCCACCAAUACAAAGAGCUGAUCUACCAGCAACAGCAACAGCAGCAUCAGCAUCCGAGGGAGGAUCCUAACGCGAGUUUUAGCAUUACGGAGGAUAGUGCCAGUUUGUAUGGAUCGCGCGGAGGCUCCAUCUAUAACCAAUACCAUCCGUAUCCGCUCUCCAGUGCCCGCUCGUUGAGCAAUCUGAACGGCGAUGGACGCACUUCCCGAUCCGGACCGUAUUACGCUGGUUCCGAGUGCGGUCUCGAUAUCAGAGCUGCUGCCGAGGCGGCACCCUCGACCUAUGGAGGCGUGGCUGGAACCGCUGGAACGGUGACCACCACCGCGGUGGCUCGUCCGCCGCGCAGACGCACGCCCCUGCAGUUCAACCGGCCGCACUUGGUGGCCUCGUACGCGAUGAGUCUGCUGCUGAAGGUGAAGCCCAAGUACGCGGGACGCGGACGUCUGCGCAACGACGUGGAGGUGGCACCACCGCGCAUCCGCGACGGCACGAGCAGCCUGCUGCGCAUGUAUCCGGGUCCCCUGCAGGGCCGCAAGCUGCACAAGGACAAGAUCAUCAGUUUCUGCAAGGAGCAGAUCCGCCUGGGGCCCACCAAGGGCUGCACGGCGCUGUAUGCCACGCAGAAGAAGCCGCAGGGCAGCGUGGUCAAGUACCGGGCCUCACAUGCCCUCAUGUGGCACCUGCUCAUACUGCUGCUGCGCCAGAAUGGGUACAUUGCCGACACGGAUGUGGGCGACCUGUUGCUGGAGAACCAGCAGGAGUAUCCCUACGAUCCCAGCGAAUACGAGGCGGAGAACGAGCCAGAAGUGGAGGCUGAGCCAGAGGCUGCUCCAGCCUCCGACAAGGCAGUAGAAUCGGAUACGGAGAACGCAUCCGCGACAGCAGCUGUCACGCCAGAGGAAGCACCUGCCGUGGGAGCAGCAGGUGGCGCAGCCAAUGGCGUGGAAGUGGGAGCUACAGCGACGCCCCUAUCGGAGCAGGCGGCCACGGACAAGUUCCGCAGCUAUGUGCUGCGCGGAAAUGUGGAGGAGGCCCUGCAAUGGGCCACCGACAAUGGCCUGUGGACGCAUGCCUUCUUCCUGGCCCUCUACGAGGAUCGCUAUGCCCUGACAGACGUGGCCCAGAAGUUCCUUAAUCGCGCCAUCAAGGCCAACGAUCCGCUGCAGACGCUCUACCAAAUGAAGAGCUGCCAGACGCCGGCAUGCGUCAGCCAGCUGAGGGACGAGCAGUGGGGCGACUGGCGAUCGCAUCUCUCCAUUCUGGUGACCAACAAGAGCCGCCAGCCGGAGUACGAUCGCAGCUCGGUGGUAGCGCUGGGCGACACGCUCUUCCAGCGCGGCGACAUCUAUGCAGCGCACUUCUGCUAUCUGGUGGCCCAGGAGGAGUUCGGCCGCUACGACAGCUCGGCCACAGAGCUGACCACCCUGACAGCCAAUGUGCCCAGGCUCAUCCUCUUGGGCUCCUCGCACUACAAGCACUUCAAUGAGUUCGCCAGCAACGAGGCCAUCAUCAUGACCGAGAUCUACGAGUACGCGCGCUCGCUGUUCGAUCCCAAGUUCAGCAUUGCCCACUUCCAGCACUACAAGUUCCUGCUGGCCACCAGGAUUCUCGAUUACGGCCAGCACUUCCGCUGCACCAAUUACUUGGAGCAAAUCGCCCGGCACAUUGAACUGAAGCCGGAGAGCUACGACAGCGAUUUCAUCCAAAGGGUCUGCGGGUUGGCCGAACGCCUACGCUACCACGAUCCCAUCCUGAUCAACCGUGUGUCCUUUGCCAGUCCCCCAAAUGCCACCAGCAAGGAUAGCGCUGCUCCCGAGGAGAAGGCCUGGUUGCGCCAGCUGCGAUCCCUAGCCGAUGUGCAGCAGCAGCCAGAGCAGCUGCAUCAGCUGCAGCAGGAGAAGCAGAUCCAGCAGCAGCAGAACGACAUAGACCAGCAGUUCGCCGAGGUGAACAAGCAGUUCCGGGAGCUGAACAUGCAAUACGAUGGUGGCAAUCUGGAGAACACGCUGCAGCAGCCAGUGCCUGCGCCAGUGGAACAGCAGCCAGUGCAGCCAGGGCUGCCGGAAGCGCACCAACAGCCGGCACAGCCAUACUAUGAGCCACCAGCAGCAGCCCAGGCGACGGGCGAGACGGAUGCCUAUGGCCAGGGCCAGCAGCCCUACUAUGACCCGGCACAGAUGCAGUACGAUCCCAAUGCAGUUCAGCACCCAUACGAUCCGAAUGCGGGCCACCAUCAGUACGAACAGCAGCCGCCGACCGGCGGCUAUGGUCAAGCAGAACCUGCCACGGAGGCCUAUCAACCGGGUCAAGCGGCAGAUGCAGCUGCUGCUCAGCCAGGCUAUGGCUAUGACUACUGGUCGGGCACACAGCAGCCGCCGUAUGGCGAUGAGCCGAAUGAGAGUCAAGCUGCCUUAAAGGAUCAUCGGGAGGAGGAGCAGGAGGAGGAGGAGGAGCAGGAGGAGCAGGAGUCGCAGCAUGAGCAGCAGCUACUGCAGCAGGCACAGCAGCAGCAGUUGCAACGCGUCAAGCUGCAGCAGGAGCAGCAUACGCGCAGCAAUGGCGCUGCCAUGGGCAACAAUCGCUUCAAGUCGAACGCCUUGAAGCAGGAAAAGAGCAGCACGGCAUUGCGCAAAAGGCAAGAGGCGUCGCGAACAGCGAGCAUAGCGGCGGCGGCAGCAGCCAUUGCCCAGAUAACACCAGCAACACAUGCAGCAGCAGCAGCAGCAGGAGCGACGACAGCAGCAACAUCGGCGGCAAAGGCAUUCAAUUUGAAUGAUCUGCAGCAGCAGGCGCGCCCGGCCAUUUCCAUGCCCAAGUCCAAGAGCUAUGGGGAUGAGGACGACGGUGGUGCGGGUGGUGCGGCACAUCCUGGCCAGAAGCCCUCGCUGCGAGGCGCCGCCUCUGAGGCCUCCGGCAAGCAGCAGGCCACGGGCAAGCCGGCCAACUCUGGCGGGGAUCUUGGUGGACCGGGAAAUCAGAAUUCGGGCUGGUUCGGCGGCCUCUGGAACAAGCUGUCGCUGAAGCCGAAGAACCAAAUGAUCCUGCCGGACGACAAGAAUCCCACCAUCGUGUGGGACAAGGAGCGCAAAUGCUGGACCAACACCGAGGGCAAUGGCGAGGAGGUGGAGAGCUUCAAGCCGCCGCCCAAGAUGAGCGAACUGGGCAUGGGCCUGCCUCAAGGAGGACCACCAGCAGCUCCGGCGGGCUUGGGCGCCAAUCCUCUUGGCGGCCACCAGGCCACACCCUUGAUGGAUCAGCAGCCUCCGCAGCCGCAGCCUCAGAUGUACGGCAGUCCCAUUGACUACACGGCUGCGCCGGCUGCACCCGAGCUGAUGCCCACGGUUCCAUCGCCGGCGCCACUUCCUGUCCCAUCACCUGCUCCGGCAGCGGCAGCCGCGGCGGCGCCCAAUCCCGCGGCCACGCCCGGCGGACCCCAGCCCAAGCUGCAGUCGAACAUGUUCAAGAUGCAACGCAACCGCACGCUGAAGAACUCCUACGUGGACGUGUUCAAUCCCUCGGGGGCGCCCAUGUCGGCGGCGCCGGAGAGCGUGCUGGCCCCCAUAAUGGCGCCGGCGGCGGUGCCCCAGGGCGGUUUCUUUGUGCCCGGAGCGGCGCCCGCCCACCAGCAGUAGGCGGUCCCAGUGGGGACAGCCAGAAGCGGGAUCAGGAGCAGCAACAGGCGUGCAUGGAUGGAGGAGGAGGAGGGCGAGGAUGAGGACGACGGGACGACGGGAAGAAAGGGCUGCCCACAAAUGCCAACCAGAUCAGCACUUCGAAACUACGUAAAAAAGAAGGAAAACCUUUUUGAACGAACGCUACCACACACACGCACACACAGUCAUGCAUAAAAUAAACACACACGCAUCCACACGAGAAGAGGCCACUUUCCAGCAGGGGAAACGUUGGUCCUACGAUCCCUCCCAGCCUCUGAACUUGUCGUUGAACCUCUGUCGUCUGUCUGUCUGUCGUCUAUCGUCUAUCGUCUACCGUCUACCGUCUAUCUUUCUGUGUGUGUCGCCCUCUUGAACUAACUCACCUAACUCGAAAUUAAACGUCUAAUCUAAGCAUGCGAGUGUGUGUGGGUGAGUGUGCGCUCGGUGUCCUAACGUUUAGUGAAUGAUUAACCGAGGAGGCGAGGAAGAAAGCGAUUUAUGUACGACUAGCGAAUUAUAUAUGUAAAUUUUCUCUAUGUAAACUAUACGCCCCCGAGACCCCGAGGCCCCGAGGCCCCUCUAUAUCCGCCACCCUCUACUCCCCCGAUUUCUGUUCAUAUACAUGUUUUCUUUGUAUGUUGCAUAGUUCUUACGAUUAUUUUUUGUUUAGCUGUACGAACAUGUAUGCGCAGGAGGUCAGACAUUCGGACAUUGAUUCGGAAUUCACCCCGAUUAUGUGUGCAUCGCUGUAUUUCCCCCAUCUGAAUACUAUUUAAAUGUACUACCGAUCUAUGCGUAUGUUUUCCAUAGACUACACCACUGAUAUUGCAUUGCUGAUAGGCGAUUCCUUUCUCGAUGUACUCUCCCUCCCCCUCUCUGUGUCUCCCCCCCCAAAACGAUUGGUGUGAAAUAUGCAAAUGAUUCCAAUUAUAUAUAUAUAUAUAUUUAUAAACGUAUCUUUAGAACAAUCUAAAUGGUUUUCUCCUGUUUUUUUUGUACUUUUUGUUUGAAUUUUAAAAUGCAUUUUUAAAAUGUUUAUUUGUUAGAACUUGUUUGUUUAUGCUUUAAUUCUUAAUUUUAAUAAUAUGUGAAAAAAUAAUAACUGGUGCAGGCAAAAAAAGAAAAAGAAGUAGGCAAGGAAUGGAAGAGGAGUGAAAGCAAGUGAAGUAAUGAAAUUAUAUAGGCAUAUACUGGCACACAUAUGUAUUAUGUACAAAUCGAAAAGCUAAUUGGUAUAUCGAAAUUAAAGUAGAAAUCCUCCGAGCAGGGUAAACUGCUGUGCAUUGGCCACGAACCCUGUACUCAAAAGUGUACACAAAUUACGAUUAACCCCCCCGCAAGGCUCUGUAAUUUGAUUUUUCCCACUUCUUUAUACAUACAUAAUAUUAUGAUGAUCACGAUUGAUUGAUGGGUAUAAUAUGAGGAUGUUGACAGUGACGGAACUAGGUCGAACGAAGUGUGGUAUGAAUUCUUUAUGUUUAAAUUAGCCUAAAAUACAAAUUAAAUCAAAUGCGUACGAGAAAAUACAACAUUUAUGUAAAAAUAUAA